UAUCCCCCAAGCAACAAAAUUAGCAUGCUAACGGAAAUUAGUUAAACAUUUGGGAGAAAAAUAGAUAUGAAGGAAAAUUUGAAGGGUGUCAGCGGUAGAUUAUAUUAGAUUGUGGACGUCAGACUUGUUGUGGACUAAGAAACCUCACGGGAUUAGGUUAACUGGACCACUGUGGACGUAAAAAGACCGUUUUUGUUCGAGAUUUUCUGUUCUGUCAAUGAUGGAGACUUUGACCGGUUUCCUCUGAUUGAGACUCACCUGAUCUGGUUCUGCCUUACCUGUGACCUCGGAGACCAAACAGCUGCACCAGACCUGAUUACCAGUCAGGCCUGUUAUUGGUUGACAGACUGACUGGAAGGACUCUGAUUGGUUGAUAAAGUCCAGUCCAUGGCCGCUUCACAGCUGAUUGAGAAGGAGGAAGUCCGGAUCCCCGUGGAAGCCAACGCCACCUCGUCAAACUCCCCGACACAGAUUCAUCCACAGAGGGUUGCCAACGGUAACCCCACCCGCCACGCCUCGACGCCGUCGCCCCCCCCGGACGACCUCGACGGGGAUGACGGGCGCGAGCGCGGCGGGCUGUGCAGCCUGAAGCUGAUCGAGUCUCUGAACAACAAGCUGAAGAGACGCUGCGACUACGAGAAGAUCUGCGCCGAGGCGCCGCCCGCCGACAGCCUGCCCAGCGAGUGGUGGAAGACCGGCGUGGCCUUCCUCUACGCCUUCUUCAACCUCGUCUUCACCACCGUCGUCAUCACCGUCGUCCAUGAGAGAGUACCGGACAAGUCGGUGAGCCCGCCGCUGCCGGACAAGUUCUUCGACUACGUGGACCGAGUCCCCUGGGCCUUCACCAUCACCGAGACCAACGGCCUGGUUCUGGUCGGGCUCUGGCUCGUCCAGUGGCUGCUGCUCAAACACAAAGCCAUCGUGGGCCGGCGGUGUUUCUUCCUCAUCGGGACUCUCUACAUGUAUCGCUGCGUCACCAUGUACAUCACCACGCUGCCGGUGCCGGGGAAGCACAUGGUCUGCGCCCCAAAGCUUUACAACGACUCAACGGGGAAAAUAUGGAGGAUCCUCCGGCUGAUUUCAGGAGGAGGUUUGUCUCUGACCGGUUCUCACCUCAUGUGUGGAGACUUCCUGUACAGCGGCCACACGGUCAUGCUGACGCUGUCCUACCUCUUCAUCCAGGAAUACUCGCCCCGCUGGAUGUGGUGGUACCGCUGGGCCUGCUGGCUCCUCAGCGCCUCCGGGGUCGUCUGCAUCCUGAUGGGUCACGAGCACUACAGCAUCGACGUGGUCAUCGCCUACUACGUCACCACCAGGCUCUUCUGGUGGUACCACACCCUGGCCAACAAUCACGAUCUGCGCGGAGCCGCGUCCAGCUGCCUGACCCGGGUCUGGUGGAACCCGGUCUUCAACUUCCUGGAGAAGAACGUCCGGACGACGGUUCCGGUCGUGUUCCUGUCGCCGCGGGCCCUGCUGUCCUCCUGCAAAGAGAGGUACCACACGAUGGGCAUCGAGAGGGACGAGUGAGGACCGGACAGGGUGGGGGGGCCAACCGGGACCCGGACCCGGACCGUAGAACCCAGCUGGUACCGCCCUGCUCAGCAGCUGGAGGUGUUGGUGUUCCAGGCUGCUGGCCCAACUUGUUCUGGAUCAGUGAGGAGCAGAAAGACGUUUUGAGUUCUGCUCCUGGAGAGCGCGUGCUGAACCCAAACGGACCUUUCCGGGCCGGCGGUCUGAGCGGUUCUCCUCUGGUCGAAGCAGUGAGACGUUGCUGCUGGAGGAACUUUGUUCCUGGACGCUGCAGACGGACUCUACAGAGAAACUUUCACCUCAUCGUUCAAACGUUGCUCCUGUUCUCCGGGCUCGGUUCUGAGCUCGGUUCUGUUGGACUUUGACGAUGCCUUGGGAAGUAUUCGCCCCCUAACUCACAGCGUUUCUAUUUAUGGGUCUUUAAAUGUUUCAGUUCAUCACAGAACCUGAAUAAAAACCAAAAAUUA